GUCCAGGCCAGGGCAGCGAGUCGCGCCAGUUCGGCCUGGCAGCUGACCAGGGGCGAGGCCCGUGCCUGGGCAGUGGCCGACGCCGCGGGCUCCAUGAAGGAGGCCUACCUGUAUUCCCAGAAGCCAGAGCAGCGGGCCAUGCCGGAGACGCCCGUCAACCCAGGGACGCUCGAGGACCUCGAUGAGGUGGCCCAAGCCGCGCUUCCCGAGCGCAGCUUCUGCGCCAGAGAGCACCCGGUGGCGGCCUCGAGGUCCUGCUGCGAGACCGCGGGCCAGGGCUCGUGCCAUCGCGCGGCGCGGCGCGUCCAGGCGCUUUCGGGCCAGGAUCAGGAGGGGUUUAUCAACCCAAUGAAAGGUGUCGAGGGGAAUCUGGAAUGGGCCCAUCAGCCGCUGCACAAGCGGCUUGCCUUGCUGCCAAAAUGGUCCAAGCAGUGGCUGUGCCGGCGCGACCGGGAGGCGGCCCGCUGGGGCGCGGCUGUGCGGGGCAGCCUCGCGUUGCAAGCGGUAUUGCUCAGGAUGGUGCUCGACGAGGCUCGCUUGCGCUGCGGCGCCCGCGAGCAGGCCGAUUUCCUGCUGGAUGCUGAGAGGUUCCACGGAAUCAUGGACUUGGCCUUGAUGGCCCAGCGGAGCAUCGAGUCGGAGUUCCCCCCAGCGGAGCUCUACCUAUGCAGCCUCGCGUGCUUGGCCUCGAGGGUCGUCGUGUCCCGCGGCGCCUUCGGAACGGCGCCCGUCGCUAGGGUGCGGCAGUGCGUCGAUGGCGUUCAUGCUUACAUCGAGGGUCCUGGGCCCAUGCUCGUUGAGCAGUCCAAGGUGGUCACAGUGCCCCGCGCGCAAGGCUGCCUGGUUCGCGGCAUUCGCGUGUAUUCCAAGUCUUUGGUCAUGAUGGCCAGGUCUCUGGGCGAGAUCAAUGUGCAGCGCCUUGAAGGGGGCGGGUAUCAUGCCCAACCGGACUUUAUGCCGAGGAUUUGGGAGUGGAUGGCGCCGUGGGACAGCGGCAGCAAGUCCAUGGGCGUCAUGCUGCACGACGCUGACAUAGGGGCCAAGUGCAGGCACUCUGGCCCGGCGUUAGGGGUCUCGGCCUCCGUUAUAACAUCCGUGCGUGCCCGAGCUGCUGACUUGGCUGGGCUCGUAGUGGGAGGGCGCUGUGCGGCCUCCGUCCUUCUGCUGCACUGCCGUUCCGAUGGUUCCAAGAUGGCGGCGUUCGGGGACGAGAUCAAGCAGCGGUUCCAAUUCUGGGUCAAGAGCCCCCGUGCUCCAGGACAGGGUCCGUCGUGGCUGGAGCUGGAGGGCGGCGCUCAGGAAACUGAUCAACAUGUGGGCUCGCUCCCGCUGGAG